AUGCCUUCCAUCAUCAAGACAGCAGGCCUCGCGGUCGCCGGUUUGGCCGCCUUUGCUUCGGCUCUUCCCUCACAGUCAAGGUUCUUCUCGAGGAGUACUUACGAGAAGCGCCAGGCCGCCGCACCGGCCGCCGACCCCGCCGGGGGCCUUACCGACGUCGACAUUCUGCAGUUUGCUCUGACCCUGGAGCACCUCGAGGCCGCCUUCUACCAGCAGGGUUUCGCCAAGUUCCCCGCCGCCCAGUUCCAGGCUCUCGGUGCUACCCCCCAGCAAGUUACCGAUCUCCUCGGCGUCGGCUCGAGCGAGCAGGCCCACGUGACUUUCCUGCAGAGCGCCAUUGCUCAGGCCGGCACCAAGCCCGUCCAGCCCUGCAAGUACAACUUCAAGUUCACCGACGCCGCGGGCAUGUUGGGUACCGCAUCCGUGCUUGAGAGCGUUGGUAUCUCGGCCUACCUGGGUGCCGCACCCUUGGUCAAGGACAAGUCCAUCCUCUCGGCUGCUGGCUCCAUCCUCACCAUCGAGGCCCGCCACCAGACCGCCAUCAACAUCGUCUCGCAGCUCGCCGGCUCCCCCGGUGCCUUUGACGCUGCUCUGAGCCCCAAGGAGGUCUUCUCGCUCGCCGCUCCCUUCAUCGAGUCGUGCCCGGACGGAUCCAACCUUGCCAUCACGGCCUUCCCCUCCUUAUCCAUGGCUGCCGGCACCCAGGCUUCUGCUCUGUCGGCUGGCAACACCCUCAACGUCCAGUCGGAACAGGCACAGGGUGCGCAGUUCUGCGGUUUCACCAACGGCCAGAUCAUCGGAGGCACCGCCUUCUCUGCCUUCACCGCCGGCACUGGAUGUGUCAUCCCCCAGAACCUGGCCGGCGUCGUCUACGUCACCCUCACCAAGGAAGCCCCGUUGACCGGAAAGCUGACCGAUGACAUGAUCGUUGCCGGCCCCAUGGUUGUCAGCCUGGCUCCUGGAUCUGCUUAA